UAAAAAAAAAAACGGUCUUAAGAGAGCAAAAUAGAAAUGGUUCACCCGCGAGAGCAAUAGAAUGAGAAAGAGAGAACCCUUAGUCUCAUAAUCUCAUUUCAGUUGCGGUGAUUCGGAUGAUAAGCGUCGGAGAAGAGAACUGAGGGUUGGAGGAAUCGGAGAAUUACAAGAUUAUUCGGCGCUGAGAUGAGCUUAGUCAACACUCACAGAAGCUGCGCGCCAAUUCGUUCACUCUCUCCUGCUUCAUCCUCCAUUUCCCGCUGCGCUCACACUUCCUCCUCUGAUCAUGUGACGUGUGGAACACCAACUUGGAUUGGGAAGGGAAUCACUUGCAUUUGUUUCAAGCGGAAGGGAACUUUUGAACGAAUUUGUAUCAACCUGACUCCAGUACAGGAAGAUAGGCUAAGAAGAUUAAAGCAGCGCAUGAAGGUCUACUUUGAUGGUUCAAGAAUCGACCACCAGGAGGCUUUAAGAGCUCUGUGGUAUGCAGCAUACCCUGAUCAAGAGCUUCAGGCGUUGGUAUCAGAUCAAUGGAAAGAAAUGGGAUGGCAGGGAAGAGACCCAUCAACUGAUUUUAGAGGAGCUGGAUUUAUCUCUUUGGAGAAUUUGUUGUUCUUUGCAAAGACGUUCUCAACAUCUUUCCAACGUCUAUUGAGAAAACAAGGAGGAAAGCCAGCAGUUUGGGAAUAUCCCUUUGCUGUUGCUGGUGUAAACAUCACAUUUAUGCUAAUGCAAAUGCUUGAUCUUGAUGUUUCAAAACCAAGGACCUUUAUCAGAUCAGUUUUCCUACAGAUGUUAUCAGAGAAUGAAUGGGCAUUUGACCUGCUUUACUGCGUGGCCUUCGUUGUUAUGGACAAACAAUGGCUGGAAAGAAAUGCUACCUACAUGGAGUUCAAUGAUGUGUUGAAGUCCACCAGAGCUCAGUUGGAGAAAGAACUUUUAAUGGAUGAUGUGUUACGGAUUGAAGAUAUGCCUUCUUACAACCUUCUUCUAACACUGGAUUACAGUAGUUUUCACUUCGACACUUUUGUCAUCAUGUUCGAUGAUUUGAGCCGGUUGGAAGUCUCUUCUCAACGAGGGACUUGAUAUCCUAUGAAAGGGUCUUUGGAAUAGUGAUCGAAGAUUUCUCUAGACUAGCCUGAAUGAGCAUAGAGACCGUUUUAGAAAGGAUUUAAGGACUUUUGUCAUUAUGUUCGAUCAUUUGAGCCGAUUGAAAGUCUCUUCUCAACGAGUGUUGAGAAGAACUCGCAUAUUCAAGAUUUCAGGUGAAAUUCUUGAUAAUUUGAUCCCAUGAAAGGGUAUUUUCAAACUGCUAUCGAAGAUUUCACAAUAGAUCGUUUUUAAAGAACAUGUGGAUGCAACAGAGUAGCCCAAAACGUAAAUGGGCCUGGCCCAGAUAGGUAUGAUGGGCUUUUAAUAGCCCAAAUAUACUUUAUUGAAUAAAGAGGUCGGAGAUUUGGAGUUAUAAUAUUAUAAUAUUUUUCAAAAUAUGUCACGUUUAUUCUUAAAGAAUAUUCAUUCAUAAAAGAAUAUUUAAUAUAUAAAGAAUAAAUGUGGGAUCCUCUUAAUUUUAUAAUCUUGGUUAAGUAAUUUAAAAUACUGUGGUCCUUCUGGACCGUGAAUCUCAUCUGUCGCCACGUGUCCUUCUGGAAACAUCUACUGGAAUAUGGAAUCACGGCAAAAUUACCUCUUCCCAUCCCUGUCUGCUUUCUCCAACUCCAUCAAAUCCUUAGCCAAGAAUAAGAUUCUCCUAAAACCAUGCGAUCAUGGGCCCCACCAUUGGCGUAUUCUUACCUUAACCGUUGGAUGAGCGGCCGACGAAAAAUCCAACGAACAGAACGCGGCAAAUUACGCUGACGAAUGGUGAUUGUAUAAAAUAUAAAUUCAAGCCGUUUUGAUCUUCGUUUUCUUUCCAGCGAAGGAAUAGUGGAGUAGCAAAUUUCCGGAGCACAUCACCGUAAGGCUGUUGAAUCUCUUUGUGUGUGCGGAUAAAAUUUUGUUAUCAUUUGUUUUUUCUUUUUGUCUACGCAAGCAAUUGCGGUGUUGAUCGAUCGGAAUUAACA